UAUUAUGAUGCUGCCUUGAGCUUUCAACCAAACAAAACAAAACAAAAAAAAAAAAUAAGCACUCAAAGCGGAUGUGAACCACGAACUCGUUGCAUGCCCAUACGACAAACACCGCGAAGUCAUUGCAUCCAUUUCCAGUUCCCACGCAAGUCAAGAAACUGAGCCGGAAAACAUGGAGCCGAGCAUGCGGCGGUACUGAAACGCGAUGGGUUGCGUUCGUGUUUACUUUUUUUUUUUUGACUCUUACAUGGAAGGGAUGACGUGACCCCGCUUUUCCAUAAGCUCAUCGGCACGUAUCUCAGCUGUUUCUCGGGUAGCCCGCCACGUAUCCUCCCUUCCAGCUCGUUAUUUUGCCCAUUCCGACCAUUCUCCUGUUACCCUUCUCUCCCAGUCGACACGCAGCAAUGGCAAGCCUCUUUCACGUCUUCUUCCUCCUCUCCUUCUCCCUGGCUGUCUGCCGGAAGGAUCCAUCGGAGAGCGCUGGAACCACAACCAUUCUCGACGUCGCCGCCGCUCUCAAGAAAUCCACCCAAGCCCUCGCCUUCGAUCCACGCAGAGCCCAUCAACAACUCCUCGACAAAGAGGAAUUAACAACCACCCUUCGCUACUCUGCCUCCACCGCCGACCUCUUGCUCCAGCUCUACUCCCGCGACUUCCUCCCCCUCCCCAACAACUUCACCACCACCCACAGGGACUACGAAUCCCUGACCCUCGCCCGCCUCCGCCGCGACUCCGCCCGGGUACGCUCCAUCGCCGCCCGGGUCGCCUUCGCCAUCGACGGAUCCAAUUCCAAGCCUGCGAAGGCGGCGGCGAUGCUGGACAGCAUCCAGGGCACGAUCGUGUCAGGGAACAGCCAGGGGAGCGGCGAGUACUUCUCCCGGGUGGGCAUCGGCCGGCCGGCGAAGCCCCAGUUCAUGGUGCUCGACACCGGUAGCGACAUCAACUGGGUGCAGUGCCAGCCCUGCACCGACUGCUACAAGCAGGCCGACCCCAUCUACGACCCCACCGGCUCCGACACCUACGCACCGCUCCGCUGCUCCUCCGAGCCAUGCCACUCCUUGGACUACGCCGCCUGCCGGAACGCGACCUGCCGCUACGAGGUCGUCUACGGCGACGGCUCCUUUUCCAGCGGGGAGCUCGCCACCGAGACGCUGACCAUCGGCGACGCCCCACCCGUCACGAACGUCCCCAUGGGAUGCGGCUUCGACAAUGAGGGCAUCUUCGUCGCCGCCGGCGGCCUCCUCGCCCUCGGUGCGGGGAGACUGUCCUUCCCCUCCCACCUGCCCUCCCACUCCUUCACCUACUGCCUCGUCGACCGCGACACUCCCGGCACCUCCACCAUCGACUUCGGCCCUCCGACCGCCCAGCCCGAGGCCUCCACCAUCACCACCAAGCUGCUCCGCAGCAAGAAGAUCCCGACCUUCUACUACGUGGAGCUGACGGGGAUCAGCGUCGGCGGGACGCAGCUGCCGAUCCCUCCGUCGGCGCUGGCGAUCGACGCGGACGGCUCCGGGGGGGUCAUCGUGGACUCCGGCACGGCGGUGAGCCGGCUGAACAUGCAGGUGUACGAGCCCUUUCGGGACGCAUUCGUGAAGGGGACGCGCCACCUGCCGCCGGGUACGGGGCCGGAUAUCUUCGACGCGUGCUACAACCUGUCGGCGAUGACGAAGGUGCAGGUGCCGUCGGUGUCGUUCCACUUCGGGGAGGGGAAGGUGCUGAAGCUGCGGGGGAAGAACUUCCUCUUGCCGGUGGACUCCAAGGGGAACUUCUGCCUCGCCUUCGCCAAGACGUCGUCGCCGCUGAACAUCAUCGGCAACGUCCAGCACCAGGGGAUGCGCGUCGUCAUCGCCGUCGAGAAUUCCAUGGUGUCGUUUACCCCGAAUAAAUGUUGAACAUAUAAAAACGAGUGAAGUAGGUAGGGAUUGCAGCCAAGCGGGGAGCACAUCGAUCUAAUUCUGGGUGGGGUGGGCAGCUCGUGCAAUGCCGUAUAGGCGUAACUAGUCAGGAUAUAAGUAAAUAUAUGAACGCUAAUCAGUGAAUAAAAUCAAAAGCAUUUGGUGUGCUUGUUUAAUUAA